AUGGGCCUGGGGCAGGAGCCGGUGGUGGUGACGGUGGUGGGGCUGCUCCGGGACCCGGCUUUCCACGUGGCCAAGUGCACAGCAGAGGCUCUGAAGCUUAAGUUUCCAACCAAGUUUGCAGAUCCUGUAAUACAGCCUUUAGUAGAAUUUGCAUGGCAUGAAUAUUUACAGGAGAAAAAGAAGGAACUGAGAGGCGAAGUAUGGGCGUACGCCUCCUCGGUGAUGUGCUUCAUUGAUGGCCAGCUGCUGGGGGACGAAAAGAAACUGCUCAAGUGGUCUUACCAUGAGUGGGACUACUGCGACUUCAAGCCUAAGGCACUUUACCAAGCGAUUCCUGAGGAUUUCUACAGCAAAUACCUGAAAAACAGCCAGCAUUUGUUUGUGUACCUGGAGAUAGCCAUUGAGGACCAGCCUGUCGGCAGGCUGCUCUUUGAGCUCUUUUCAGAGGCGUGUCCCAGGACCUGUGAGAAUUUCCGCACCCUGUGCACUGGAGGAGCAAAGUCUCUCUGCGACGGCCGAGAGCUCACCUACAAAAACUCCCUUUUUCAUCGCCUCGUGAAAAACGGGUGGAUCCAAGGAGGAGACAUCAUAACUGGAAAAGGAGACAGAGGAGAGUCAAUUUAUGGCCCCACCUUUGAAGGCAUCGCUGCCAGCGGCUACGUGACUCUGCGGAUCUUCGCCAUCCGUCACAAGGGAAGAGGGGUCCUCGGGAUGGCCAACAAGGGCCGCCACAGCAACGGCUCUCAGUUCUACAUCACCCUCCAGCCAGCUCCUUACCUGGACAAAAAAUACGUAGCUUUUGGGCAACUGAUCGAGGGCACAGAGGUGCUCCAGAGGCUGGAAGCUGUACCUACAUGUAACGAAAGGCCUACGGUAGCCUGCAAGAUUAUUGGCUGUGGGACCUUUGAGCCAUGA